GGCAGAGUUUGUUGUCGCUAUAUUUUCCUUUCUUUUUCUUUUCUAGAAAGGAUCUGGGUGACUCAGCUGUACAGCGGCGCCCCUUGAAGAGUUGCCCUUGGGGGAGGAUGAGGACUGGCAAGGGCCUACGGUGUAGAAUUACCUUGGUUUUGAGUUAGAAAAACCCACCUGGGUUUGAACCUCGUGCUUCAUCUGGCUAAGACAAAUACAGCUGUUCUCCAGCAUUUCUGGAGGGAUGCAAAAUCUUUCCUUAAGACAAAUAAGCAUUCCCAAAGGUUUGGGCUUCCUGACCAUUAUGGCACCAAGAAACCUCUGGCACAUGAGAAGUAACUUUCUCUUUGGUUCAAGAUGGAUGAUCCAAUUUUCAGCAGAAAUCCUCUUCAAAUCACUUUCAGUUAGACUUUUUGGUGUAAAGUGUGGUAAUGCAAACAAAGAGCCUUUGGAGAAUGGGGACCUAUUGAACAACUUACUUACUAUGGGAGUAGAUAUUGAUAUGGCAAAGAAACGACAGCCUGGAGUUUUUAACAGAAUGGUUACUAAUGAGCAGGACCUGGAGAUGUUCCUUCUAUCCAAAGGAGCUAGUAAAGAAGCAAUUGCUAGCAUCAUAUCAAGAUAUCCACGAGCCAUAACACGUAGUUCUGAAAGUCUUUCAAAACGGUGGGAUCUUUGGAGAAGGAUUAUGACAUCAGACCUUGAAAUUGUAAAUAUCUUGGAACGUUCUCCUGAAUCCUUUUUUCGGUCCAAUAACAACCUAAACUUAGAGAAUAAUAUAAAGUUUCUCUACUCAGUUGGACUGACCCGUAAAUGCCUUUGUCGAUUGUUGACCAAUGCCCCUCGUACUUUCUCCAAUAGUCUUGAGCUGAACAAACAGAUGGUUGACCUUUUGCAGGAAGUCUGCUUGUCAUUGGGUCACAAUGAUCCUGUAGAUUUUGUCAGGAAGAUAAUUUUUAAAAACCCUUUCAUCUUAAUUCAGAGUACCAAGCGGGUGAAAGCUAACAUUGAAUUUUUACAGUCAACAUUCAACUUGAACAGUGGGGAACUGCUUGUUCUGAUAUGUGGUCCAGGAGCUGAAAUCCUAGACCUUUCCAACGAUUAUGCCAAAAGAAACUAUACAAAUAUCAAAGAGAAGCUGCUUUCUCUUGGAUGUACUGAAGAAGAGGUACAGAAGUUUGUCUUAAGCUAUCCAGAUGUGAUCUUCUUGGCAGAGAAAAAGUUUAAUGAUAAAAUAGACUGCCUCAUAGAAGAAAGAAUUAGCAUUUCACAAAUAAUUGAAAAUCCUCGGGUUCUGGAUUCAAGCAUAAGUACUUUAAAAAAUCGAAUCAAAGAAUUGGUAAAUGCUGGCUAUAACUUGAGUACAUCAAACAUCACUCUUCUGUCUUGGAGCCAAAAAAGAUAUAAAGCAAAAUUGAAAAAGUUAAGCAGUUAGAACAUUGUUCAGGGACUUUUAAAAAGUCAGUCAUAUGACAUAGUGAUAUUUUAUUUUGAAUUUGGGCCUUUCAGAAGGGAGAGUUGAUUUUUUAACGACAGAUACAUAUAUAGUGAUCCUUUGGAUAUUUGGCUUUAUAGAUUAAUAAAAACUAUUAGUAUGCUCAAGUAUCAUCCUCCUAGCUGUCUCUUCUCUGGUUUUAACUAAUGCAAUAUACCAUUAGAUGACACAGGCUGUGGCUGCUUUACAAAUAGCAGUUCCUCAGUGCCAGGGUAGAACAAUGUGUAGGAGAUAGAAAGCACAAAAUAAGCUUUUGUUUUUUCUGUUCAUGUUAAAAAAUUGACAGACUCAUUUAGGUAGUUUUAUUUCCUCUCAUGAUUUCGAAUGGCAACCUGCUUCUCCUUUUCUUUGUGUCUGUGGUUCAUGUUAAAAAGUAGAAUGCCAGUAAAAAUAGUAAAAAUCUGACAAAAUAAAAAGGAGGGAUUUUUCAUCCCAAGUUUACAGUCUCCAUUUAACCCAUUAGUGUCCUCCUUCCAUUCCCCCCAGGAUUUACUAAUGGUGUAUCCUGAUUUCUAUAAAGACAAGGUCAACUGUAGUAAGCAAAAUAAUGGCCCACCUAAAGACACUGAUGUCUUAACUUCCAGAAGCUAUGAAUAUGUUAUGUUACAUUGCAAAAGGGGUUUGCAGACAUGGUUAAGUUAAAUGUGAUUAAGGGCCUUGAGAUGGGGAAAUUAUUCUGAAUUAUUUGAGUGGGUCUAAUAUAAUCAUAAGGGCCCUUAAAAGUGGAAGAGGGAGGCUAAAGAGGUCAGAAAGACUUUUGACUACUUUUGACGGAUGUCAAAAGGAGGCUUUGAAGGAGGAAGGGUCCAUGAGCUAACGUAUGCAGGUAGCCUAUAGAUAAUGGAAAAGACAUGGAAACAAGUUUUUCCCUAGAGCCCCCAGAAAGGAAUGCAGCCCUUCUGGCACCUUUUUAGCCCAGUG